CUGCGCAGAUAACCGCAGAUCUCCAAGUCGUUAGAUUCCUGGUGCGGAAGAAGUGUGCCCUGUCUGACGUCUGACCGUCUCUUCGGGGGCCGGGUCAUGAAACUUCAGGGGUGGGUCUCCUUCGGUACCUUGGCAGCUGGAGUUCUCUCUUCAGCAUCCUUGAGGCUGGUGGCUCUCAGCAGCAGCAGCAGCAGCAGCCAGAAACACGUGUGUCUGUUCAGUCGCUCCGUCGCGAACAACAUGGCAGAGGAAGCGAAGAAACUGGCAGCUUACGCCGCGGUGGAUAACCACGUCCAGAACAACCAGGUGGUUGGAGUGGGCAGCGGAUCAACCAUUGUCUAUGCUGUGGACAGAUUAGCUGAGAGAGUGCGUCAGGAGAAACUCAACAUCGUGUGUGUGCCCACCUCUUUCCAGGCUCGUCAGCUGAUUCUGCAGCACGGCCUGGCGCUGUCGGAUCUGGACAGGCACCCAGAGCUGGACGUGGCGAUUGACGGCGCAGACGAGGUGGACGCAGACCUCACGCUGAUAAAAGGCGGCGGCGGCUGCCUGACUCAGGAGAAGAUCGUCGCCGGCUGUGCCAAACAUUUCGUUGUCGUUGCUGACUACAGGAAGGACUCCAAGGCUCUGGGCCAGCAGUGGAAAAAGGGAGUUCCUAUUGAGGUGAUACCCAUGGCAUACGUCCCCGUCUCCAGGACGAUAGCCAAGCGCUUUGGAGGGGAGGCCAACUUACGGAUGGCUGUCAGUAAAGCAGGUCCUGUGGUCACUGACAACAGUAACUUCAUCCUGGACUGGAAGUUUGAGGACGCCAAGAACUGGAAGGAAGUCAACACCGCAAUCAAGAUGAUUCCAGGCGUGGUGGAGACUGGGCUUUUCGUCGGCAUGGCUGAACGAGCCUACUUUGGGAUGGAGGAUGGAAGCGUGCAGGUUCGAGAUCCUCCCGUCAACUGAAGAGUUUGCCAUGUUCACGGUCGUCCCUCCUCCCGAAUGACCUCACUUUUACCCACAAGUGCCGUGUUUAUGAUUUACACCUGGUCUCAGACUGUGUUUGGACAGAGCUGCACCUCCUGCAGAACUGGACCAAACUGUAGCUGGGCUGUUUUCGCUCAUCUCAAAGCCAGAUACAAUUGAGGAUCACUUGGUUUUUCUCAUCCUGCAGGUGAUGCGUCUGACACUGUGAGUUUUAAAGUGCCUGAUGAGUAAAAUCAAGUGCAUCUGAUAUGCUUAGUGUUUUUAUUUUUUUUUUUUUUCUUCAGUCUGUAUUGUUCAGUUUGGCUGCCUGGUCUCACUGGGAAUGUUGGCUCUCCCUGUGAUUAGCAGGUUUGACUAAAUGUCUGCUAAGUACUGUGAAUCACUGCAGUGCCGCAGAAUGAAACUAAGGUGUGCCUUGAGAUUAUAUUUUCAGUUCUAUCAAAAGAAAUGAUGCUAUUCAAGUUACAUUCAAAAGUUUAUAAUCACACGUCAAACUAUUGCCAUCUGCUACUGUAGGCUGCUGCAAAUAACCGAAGUCCACUCGUCAAGUGAAGGCUCAAGACAUUGUAAGCCGUCAGAAAGCUGAUAUGCCUUGAAGUCAUUUUGUUUCAUUAAAUCACAGAAAGAGGAGUAAUAUGAACUAUAUUCGAUAACAUCAAGACUUUACAGAAUUAAUUUCUGUAAUUAAUAUUCUAAUUUAAACUGGAAAAAAAGCUCCAAAAAUGAAUGAGAUCUUCAGUCAUGAUAUGGGAGUUCUUCUCCCUGGCUGUUGUAUUUUAGCAUAUGAUGGCCACGGACCAAACGAUUUCUUGGGAGAGGACCGACCUUAGGAAAAACCUAACCCCGUCAAAAAGCCCAAUAUUCGGCCGAAGCCAAACCCUGGAUUCGGUGCAUGCCUAAUUUAAUUUUAAAUGUAGCUAUAGAGUGACGUGUAGAACGUUUUGAGGUAAUGAUGAUGGGCACUUGUGCUAUAAAAUGGUCACAGUUAAUUGCUAACUGAUGUAGCUCAAAUCGGAACCAACAGCAACACAAGUACAUUGUAUGUGCCUUGGCAGCCUGUUUUAUUCAGAUGUAGCCAGAUUCAUUGAUUAUGUAGCUGGUCCUAUUGUUGGAACACUGUCACUCAGAAUCAGUGCUAAAUUAGGAUAAAAACUGCAUCAUCAGGUUUUAGGAAAGAUAUUUCAAUAUAUAAAUGUAUCAAAUGCAGCAUUUAAAGACAAUAGAUAAAUCCAUAAGGUAAUUAGUGUCCGGCUCCCAAAAAAACCCGCGAACAUAUGUCAUGUUUCAUGAGGUCAUUUAAACAUGUUGAAGUCUUAAAAAAAACGGGAACAACCAUCAUUUGUUAAAAACUUGUGAUAGUUUUUUUUACAGAUGCUUGAUAUAUUUCACUUUGGAAUGCAGCUGUUGUUCUUUUGGCUCACAAUGCCUUAAAAUUAAUUUUUGUGUGUUUAUUCUUUUGUAUGUACACCUCUCUGAGUGACUCAGGAGAACAUCUGUGAAAUGUAAAUGCAAAUUUGUCUACAAGCCACUGUUAUUAGGUACCGGGCAUCAGUUCUAUUAGUCUUCUACUAUUAGAGGUGAAUUCUACUCUUCUAAAUCAAAUGGAACUGGAUGCAUUUGAGGAUGUAUCUGCUUCAGUGGUGUGUAGACAAAGCGAAAGUUAACUGAGAAUAUAUGGCCCAGUUUGGGUCCGAUACAAGUUGUUGUAGACCUCUUAUUCCUUUCUUUACUAAUUCACUGUGAUAAUCAUUUUUGCUGUGAAGGUGCUCUUUUGUUUGUCAACCAAUACAUAACUGUAAUGAGAAAA